UCAGUCCUGGCAGAUAGAAAAUUAACUGUUUAGUCAACCCGAUCUGAUAUUAGAAGAGAUUUAUAAUUUCUUUAAAUAAUUAGAAAAAAAAGGCGGAUCGGGAGGAGGAUGGAUGCUUGCUCAAUAAUAGGAGAAAGCACGGACGCGAUAGUAAUGGUUGAUUCUCCUGUAGAUGAAAAGGAAAUUCGGGAGGCUUGCAAAAGUGAGAUCCCGACGGUUUCUCUGUGCCCCCCUGACAGCUCUGCUGAGGCCCAGUUGACUGUCAUCCAACCUGAAGGGGAGCUAUGUGACAGCUGCAGCAGCCUUGGCAGACCCUCUUCUUCCUUUCAGCUCUACCACCAAGUUCCCCAGAGUCCCCAGCUUCUAAAAUGUCCACACUGCAGUCACUGUGGGCCAAUCAAAUCAAAUGCCUGCCACAGCUGUCAUUCAAACACCAGCGUUCCUAAUGCUGAAGGAGGAAUUGUUGUAAAAGUGGGACACAGCUGCGGUUCUGCCCAUCAGUCAUCCUGCCAUGGACCGGUGAGAUGUCACUGGCUGCACGGGUCAAAUGAAGGCGGGACACAGAAACCAAAGCAGCAACAUGUGGUGACAGUAAGGGAUGGGGGACUGUACUGUAUCCUUAGAAAUUAUUCCCAGGUGAUAGUGGACUAUCCGUUGGCGGUUCUGAUUGGUUGUGCUGUGCUGUUGCUGGGAUGCUCACUGGCUGCAUUCUUGAUUGGCCCACUGCCAGACUUCUCUGACCCAUUACUGGGCUUUCAGCCGCGAGGAACAUACAUCGGAGUUCGCAUGUCGAGCUUGUCCAAGCUGCAGGAGAACACUGGCCCUGGGAAAAAACUGUCUCUUUUACCACAGCAGCUCAGUAAAAGAUUUGGAGGAGCUAUCGGCAGAGAAAGUAGCAGUGGCCAUGACACCUCUAAAGCUCGAAUGAAAAGGAUGCUGGCCAGGGACUCCACUCUAGACACCUUCCUCUGCGAUUCUCCAGGCGAGCGUUUUGCCCAGCUGGUGUUUCGAUCAGAAAACUCAGCCAGUCUCUGGAGUCUGAAGGCGAUCCACGCCAUGUGUGAGAUGGAACAAUCCAGGAUUCGCUCCCAGGCCCAGUUCCAGGACCUGUGCCAGCAGCAUGUGAGGGUGAAGGCUGAGGGAAUGUCCAAAAGCGGCUGUUGUCCAAGCUGGUCUCUGGGGAAUUACUUGGCAGUCCUUACUAAUGCCUCCCGCUGCCUCAGCCUCACCUCACAGCAAGUUUCUGAGUCUCUGAACCUUCUGCGGAAAUGUGCGCCAUACUAUCAUGAAGGACAUCUAGUUGAAGCCUGUGCCCAGAGACCCAAACAUGGCAGCUGUUCCUCGGUUCCCUCCCGCUGCAAACAAUCCCGCGUGGUGUUCCAAAUCCUGCACUUUCUGGUUGACAAAGACUUUCUUGGACCGCAAACUGUUGAAUACCAAAUUCCCACACUGAAGUACAGUCUUCUUUUCCUACCUGUAGACAAAGGAGAACAUAUGAUGGAGAUAUACAUGAAUAGCCUUGAAGGCAGGGAUCUAACCUACAAUAACACGACUAUUACUGGCAUAGACUUUGGCAUUAAGCAGGCUCUGUUUGAGUAUUACCUGACAAGAGAUUCAGUUUACCCUGUCCUAGCUGUUGUAUCACUUCUGUUCACUAUGGCUCUAUACCUCCACUCGCUCUUCAUAGUAGCGCUAUCUGUAAUAGCAAUCACCGGCUCCCUUCUAACAUCCUAUUUUUUCUACAAAGUAGCAUUUCGUCUGACUUUCUUUCCUCUGGUCAACCUGUCAGCAGCUCUUAUUCUCUUGGGAAGCUGCUCCAAUCAGGUUUUCAUCUUUACUGACUUUUGGAAUCUGCAGCUAUCCCAAAAUCCUUCAGCUUCCCUGGAAAAGAGAGUAAACAGAGCUUUGCAGGAAGUUGGCUAUUUGAUUUUAGCAUCAGGGCUGACCUCCAGUGCAGCUUUCUUCUCUGGUUAUCUCAGCAGCAUCACAGCAAUCAGAUGCUUCUCCAUUUAUCUCGGAACUGCCUCUUUAAUCAGCUCCCUCUUGGCAUUGGUGUGGCUGCCGUGUUCGUUCAUUCUGCGUGAGCGCUACACAAAAAUGUCCUCUGCAUCUGCGGCAGUGCAAGGAUGGAACCCCUGCUGCUCCAAAAGCACUGGUGGCUUUUGGGACACGAGUUCACGCAAGAGAUGCCUCUUCAGCCUUGGGCAGAAGCUGAGAGAAUUAAAUCGUGGUCUCACUGACACCUCCAAUUUAUUAUUUCUGAAAAUCCUGCCCUGUGGAGUUGUAAAGUUUAGAUACAUUUGGGUUUGCUUGUUUGCAGUGCUUGCUGCCGGAGGCAUGUACAUGUCAUGCAUAGACCCGGGCAUGAAGCUGCCAGCUCUUGAGAGCAGGGUCACCCAACUGUUCCGCUCCAGUCACCCAUUUGAGCGAUAUGACGCAGAGUACCGUCACAUGUUCAUGUUUGAGAGGCAGAGAAAUGGAGAGGAUAAGCCUGUUACGUUGAUGCUUGUUUGGGGCAUCAAACCGACUGACAAUGGAGACCACUUUAACCCAAGAAGCAAUGGCUCUGUAGUUCUUGACCCUGACUUUAACAUGAGCCGACCUGAUGCUCAGGUUUGGUUGCGGGAGCUGUGUGGACGGGUUCAGAACCAAAGCUUUUACUCUUCUUCAUCACCUGAAGAUAAAUAUGGAAUGACAGAUAAUAUCUGCCUCGUGGAGCAGCUAAUACACUGGAUAUCUGUCAGGAGGUGCUCAGAGAGCGAUGAUGCCCUUCAUUUCUGCUGUAAUGACAUCCCAUUCCCCUACCCUCCCAGCGUUUUUGAGAACUGCCUAAGCAUGAUGCUGGCAGAGAGGUAUGCCGAGAGCCAUCUGGCACACAGCGGAGGGGUGUACUUCCAGCCAGAUGGUAGGGUUGCUGCCCUCGUGCUGGCAUUCAAAACUACAUACUUCUACAGCUUCAACUUUAGCAGAACCAGUGUUUUUUACAGAGAAAUCCUGACAUGGUUUAGCAGAGAGAUAUCAGGAGCACCACAAGGGCUGGAGAACGGCUGGUUCAUCAGUCAGCUGUCUCUUUUUGACCUGCAGCAGUCUUUAAGCUCAGAGACUCUAGUAGUAGCCGGUUUUUCAGUAGCACUCACAUGUGCUUUGCUUCUUUUAACCACAUGGAAUAUUCCACUGAGCAUAUAUGGAACAAUAGCCGUAGGAGGCAGUGUGUUUGUCACUGUCGGCCUCCUUGUUCUUCUUGAAUGGCAGCUGUGUGGCACGGAGGCUCUGUUUUUAUCAUCUGCCGCAGGGCUCUCAGUCGAUUUUAUUGCCAACUAUUGCAUAUCCUACAGCUUCGCUCCACAUUCAGAUAAAAUUGGGAAAGUAGCACACGCCACUAAAAGGAUGGGAUGUCCUGUAGCAAUAGUUUCUGGUGCUUUUUUCUUCAUAGGGAUCAUCAUGUUACCUGCCACGGCCUUGUUCUUCAGAAAGCUUGGGAUUUUUCUGUUUUUGGUCAAAUGUGUAGCGUGUGGAUUUGCAACCUUCUUUUUCCAGUCCCUGUGCUGUUUUUGUGGACCCCAGAAAAACUGUGGAAUGAUCACGCUGCCAUGUUUUUCCGACCAAACGGACGGUAUGCUUUCUUCUUGUUCUGAGCCUGGCUCUUUGUCGACUUCUGCGGCUAACGGGGCAUUUGGUAAAUCUAGAGUGAGGAGGAGUUACGACAAAGAAGCAGGUGGUUAUCUCUAUCCCAACCAUCGUCAGCACAGGCAGAAACAGACUGCAGGAAGUGGCUGUGGGAAUCGAGGGCCCGAGCAGUACGAGUUGCAGCCAUUGGCCUAUCGCCUGAGUGACAGCUUUGAGAACAGCACCUGCACCAGUAAACUGUCAAACCGGCCCUCUGUGCUUUCUGAUGAGAUUGAGUACUGUGAGGGAGAUGUGGCAAGGAAUACCAUGGAUGGGGAGAGUGAGGAGACAUGUAGCCAUCAACAGAAAAUCUGCCAACCACCACCAGCCGUCCAGACCUCAUCUCCUUACAAAGAAAACACUCUAUGCCCACCAGGCCUGGCUGAAGAAGAUGUAGCUAAAGACAAGUUGCUGUGUAAAACCUGCAGGAGUCAGUCUGUCAGGGUGAAACACUGGAGCAAUACAUCAUCCUCAUCGUCAAGCAUGGAAGAGACCAUCAUCAGCCACACACUGGAGACUACUGACCAGUCAUCACUCUGCAAGGAUGAAAAUACCUUAGGGGAGAGGUGCUGUCACCCUCAUCGCUCACAUAAAGGACAUCACCUCUCCCUGUCUCAGAGCUCCUGUGAGGGUCUGGAGGAGUCCUGCGAAACGUGCCUCAGUGACAUCGAACCAGGAUCUUCGAACACACAGCAGCAAGAAGGAGAGGCAGAGGUCCACUUACAGCCAGGACACCUUAAUGGGAGGAGAGAUGCACUUCGUCUCUCACUGAAAGAAAUCGUUUAUGAGACUUGUGGCAAGGGUCGCACCAGCCACAGCGAGGAAGUGGUGAUUUUACCCAACAGUAAGCCAGACUUACCAGAUGUUUGGAUAAAGAGAGACGGACAGCGGGAAGAUACUUGUUAAAGAAAGCUGGUGAAAAUCUUGAAAACACUGUGGAUCUGACUCUUAAUUUAUACAUAUAAAAAAAUAAAAAACAAAACAACUGAACUUAUACAAUCACAGUUGAUAGAAAAGGAGCAUACAUUGUUACAUUUGUAUAUUACACAAAGGAAAUACAAGCCAACUGCAAAUGUAACACGACAGCAUGUUUGUCCAGUGUUGUUUCAUCGUUUGUUACAAAUGAGGUCAGAGCAUGAGCGUGUCUUCAGCUAAAGGUUAAAACUGAAAGCAUGACAGCAAAAGAUGAAGCUUUCUAUCCAGCCAGUUUUGCACAAAUGCCACAUUUGAAUAUUAACUGCAGCUCGUCAUCGACACAGAAACUAUCCGAGUGCUGCACCUGCUGCCUGCAGAACUUACUUUGUGCCUGGAACUUUUUAACUUCUGAACCUGGACGCUCUGCACAGACUGGGUUUCUCCAAGCUGAGAUUGACCCCUAUGAGCCAUAUGCACUCAUAGAUUUAAAUGUGAGAUAUAGAGAGACAGAGCUGCGUGGGGUGUGCCUGCGCGCAAAGCCGCAAACAGUUUAUGAGCAUGACUCAAGCAUUAUCACGUUUAGAGAAGCAGACAACUGUCACCCGGCAGCAAGUCAGUGGGUUCUGCACUCUGUGGGGAUAACAUGUAUAGUAUGUCUUUUGUGAUGAUAAUGUAGAGAAUCACUAACCUACAGUUCGCAGUGUGUAUCAUGUGUGGUGUCUUGGCUUGCUUUUAAUGUUUCACUUUCAAAUUAACGGUCAUGCUGUUUAUUCUAGUGUCAGUGCCAAAACAAUGUAAUGUUCACUCGUGCUGAUUUCCAAGGGGCAAAGUGGUGUCUAACAGACUUAACACUAAAGUUUAUACACUUAAGGUGCAUACUAUUCAGGAUCCACAGAUGUCAGUGUAAGCCUUAGCAGAAUUAGGAGGAGCUUGAAUUUCUGUUUUAAAUGCCGUAAUUGUACCAUCACAAGCAGCUGCAUCAACAGUCAAUUUUCCAUACAGAUCUUGCUGCAGUGUUAAGAGAAGCUCCUGACAGGCGACCUUUAUCCACACUGCAAAGCAUUUAACAGUAUUUAUGACAUGAACGGCAUGUGUCAAAUGUCUUUCAAACGGUUGUUUCAAAGCAGCUGAAAUUUUGUGAUGUGCAAAAAAAACAAAGUGUCCUAAGAGUAAAAUUUGAUAUGUUUAUGGUCCUUUAUAUGUAUAAAACAAAGAGGUGUUGAAGGUGCAGUGGCUGUGAUUCAGAGAGGACCUAAAGAAGAAAGAUUUGCCAUAAAAUGUGCCUAUGAGCGAGGUUAUUUUCAAGACUUUUCAUUGCAGAAGUGUUUUUGUCACUUGAUAUCUUGACUGUAUAAUCAAACAUCUUUAACCAGCCUUCACUUUGGGUCACUCAGCAGAAUAACCUUGCCUUAUAGACAAAGGUAAUCAAUCACAGGCUUUCUAUAAACAAAAAGAUAAAGGUCACCACCACUCUUAUUUAUAGAUGUCAAUGUUGAUUUUUCACAAAAAUGAAAUAAAACAUUUUAUUU